GACCCAAAAUCGGGGUUGCAUGUGACUGAACGGGUUACACUUGGAGGAAAUGGAGGCACUGUUGGAGACUGGAGCCCAGCCCACCAGGCAGCCACAGUCACCACCAGAGGGCGGCAGAGCAACCUCGCCUGCAGCCACCUCGCCUCACAUUUACUCCCCAGCGCUGGAACAGUGACUGUGAUUUGUCCAGCAACCAUUUACACCUCAGUAUGAAAAAGCCCCUCUGAUCCGCAUACUUUAGAAAAAGGUCCUUGUGUGUCCCAUAAUCCUUAUGGCCCCAGGAUCUUGUGCAAUCCAUCUUUGCCCGCACACAUCCCUCCAAGGUGCAUCCCAGAGAGGGCAAGAAAGAGUAUGCCCCGUGGAGUAAGACCAUCCUUCUGCACCAUUGUGGACUUCUCAUUUCCUUCACAACUUUGAGAGGCCCUAAAAAGCUUCGCCUGAAUCUCUCUGUUCACAGUGUAUGCUCAGGGCAGGGUCCAGUAUGCAGCAGGUGCUUACUUGAUGUUCUGGUGUGGAUGGAUAGAAAGCAGGUGAAGGGGUUCUGUUGUCCUUUAGGGUCAAAGGCCAUCUUGACUUGGCCUUACAGGCCACAGACUGCCCAGGGCCGUGGAGGCCAGGCACAGAGGGAAUGUCGAUUUACCUGGGACGCGCAGGGUAUGGGGCCUGGGGGCAGUGGUCCAGCAGCCAUUUGGAAUCUGGAAAAAGGUGACGGGAUGAGUUGGCCAGAUUAAGACACACUUAGGGCUUUGCCAUUUAAGCAGCAGCAGAGAGGCAAAGCCAAGUCCCCAGAGCCAGUCGCAGGUGACUUUAUGACCCCUGUCCCAGGACGGUUUCGCCCAGAACCCCUCAGCAAAGAGCCUGUGAGCCCCAUGUACUCAGCCUUGCUGGCCGGGCAUUCUGGAUACUUAGCAUAGCCCAGUUCUUUAGAGUGGGAAACAGUUCAGCUGGGCUUCCAGGGCAUUGUUGGGGAUAAGGGAACAGCUGUGUUGUGGAGGUGUGUUCCCAGGCACAAUGGCGGCGGGUAGCUCUUCUGUAGGUGUAUGAAGCCCAGUGCUCCAUCACCAUUUGGGUCACCAGAGUUAGGAGGCUUUGAGCCUUUAUGUCAGUACUCAGACCUGAACAAGUAGCCAUCAUGGUCCUCUGUGUCACAGGUGGGCACUGCAGGGCCUGUCCUUGGGACUCAGAACAUGGGCUCUAGCCCACGUUCUUUCUCAGGGUCUUACCAUGAUGUGGCCUUCACCUUUUGUUCCCGCAUGCCACCAGCUCCUCGCUGGAGAUUUAAACACCUACCCCAACUUCUCAAAGGUCUUUCUUUGCUUUCCAGGACAGUCAUGGGGCUCGCUCUAACACCACUCAUGGUUCCCCGUUUUACCAUCCCAAUCCUUACCGCAGCCUGUGUGGUUAGCUCUGAAGCACCCUCCUCUCCAUCUGUGACACUCUUUCCCCAUGCCCUGACUGGUUCUUUUUUCUCAGGGUCAAAGUCAUGUUGCCUGCCUUCCUGCACUUUCCCAUUUCUUGAGGGAGAAAUAGUGUCCAGGCUGGCCUUAAGUUCCUAGCUGCCCUCCUCAAGUCCUGUGACAACAGGUGUGUCCAAGUGUGGUGAGGGCUAGGGUGAAGCCCUCCACGGUAGGCAAACAUUCUGCCAGCUGAGCUGCGUCCCUUUCUUUGAGAUUACUCUUUGAAAUUCUUCAUCUGUCUCCUUAACUGAGAUCAAGGACUACUGCCCUUGAAGUCACCCCUAGAUGUCCCAGAGGCAGGCAAACUGUAAGUGUUCAAUAAAUGUUUAUCAAGUGAACAAAUGACUGGAUAUGGGUUUGUGCUCCAGCCAGAAGCGUGGAGAUGCCUGAUGUGGCAAAGAGCAUGGAGGAAACGUGUUAGAGUCUUGGGGUGACUUACGAAGGAUGGGUUGGGGAAACCCUGGGUGCCUAUGCCUUAGUUUUCUCGGCUGCCUUUUCGUACCAAAUAUGGGAUCUGAGCUUCACAUCCGAGCAAGGCUCAUAUCAAAGUGUCUAAAGGUCGUGGGAGUCAGGUGCUGUCAGAAUGACUCCCACUGGCUACCUAGGACCUGGGGGAGAAGGACGUAUUCCUUUGGUUUGUAGUGUAUGUGACUUAUAUCGCCUUUGGUAAUGGCUUUCGUGGCCAUGCACGCCGCGUUCAUCGCAGGCAUUAUACAGAUGGGAAGGAAAGGGGCAACGCCAGGCAAGGCUGACACCUUAAGAGUCGAGUCCGUCACCGCCUGCACUAGCACCGCCGAAGCCCCACCUAGCUGCCUCGGCCCUAGCAACGCCCCGCCUCCGCUGAUAAGGCCAAAGCAACUCCCUACCCACUUGACGUAGUCCUAGCGACGCCCCGCCCUCACCGCGCAGAGCCCUAGCAACGGCCAGGUAACCCGGCACCCCAAGGCUCAGAACCCUAGCGAAGCCCUGCCUGGUCGGCUGAGGUCCAUAGCAACGCCCCGCCUUCGUCCCAGGGUGCCUCUCCCUGUGCUUAGAGCUCUAGCAACGUCCUGCCUGUAUUGCUGAGGUCUAUAGCAACGUCCCUCCCUCGCUACCCAGAGCCUUAGCAACGGCCAGGUAACUCCGCCCCCUAUGAGCAGAACCUUCGCAAAGCCCUGUCUGUACUGCUAAGGGGCAUAGCAACGCUCAUGUUCGUCCCAGAGCCCUAGCAACGUUCAUUAAGCCUCGUCCUGCUGCUCCGGGCCCUAGCAACGCCCCGCGCUGUCCCUCAAGGUCCUGGCAACACUGGUCACGGACAGGCAGGUUCUAACUGCGCUGCAUCCCAGCGCUUCCGGCAGAGCGGUAGCAACAAAAGCUCCUUAGUUGGGGGCCCUAGCAACGCCCCGCCUAGCGCUGUAGCAACGCCUCGCCCCCCUCCUCCCUCACGACGCCACGCCCCCUCGGGCUCCGCCCAACGAUUGGGCGGGGCUCCCAGCCGGGCUUCCUCCUUGCUACCCGCGCGCUCUUGUAGCCCGCGGCCCCUGGGCCGCUCCACCGGGCUCAGGCCGAAUCCGGCCGAUCUGGCCGUGGCCGGGCCAGGCGGAGGGCCACAGCAUGUCGGACCCCAGCUACUGGACCGCGGUGGCGGCCCCCGGACACCGCAGCCGCCUGGCCAAGGGUGCGCUGCUACAACGUUCCAAAAGCUGCCGCAGUGGCAACCGUAAGAGCCUAGUCGUGGGGACGCCUUCACCCACUCUCUCCAGACCUUUGUCACCACUCUCUGUCCCAACUGCAGGUAACAGCCCCUUGGACAGUCCUCGGAACUUCUCUGCCGCAGCGGCCAUCAAUUUCCCCUUUGCCCGGAGACAGCUCUCUCACAGUGACAGGGCUGACGGCAGAAGAUGGUCACUUGCUUCCCUCCCGUCAUCAGGCUAUGGGACCAACACUCCCAGCUCCACUGUGUCGUCAAGCUCAUCCUCCCGGGAGCGUCUACACCAGCUCCCUUUCCAACCCACUGCGGACGAACUGCGCUUCCUGUCCAAGCACUUCCGCAGCUCAGAGAGUGUGGUGGAUGAGGAUGGAGGCCGUUCUCCGCGCCUGCGCCCACGCUCACGAAGCCUCAGCCCUGGACGAACAUCAGGAACCUUCGACAACGAGAUAGUGAUGAUGAAUCAUGUAUACCGGGAGCGCUUCCCCAAGGCCACAGCGCAGAUGGAGGGCCGGCUGCAGGACUUCCUGGCAGCAUUUGCUCCUGGAGACCGCCUGGCACUGGCAGACGGUGUCCUGGGCUUCAUCCACCACCAGAUCGUGGAGUUGGCGAGGGACUGCCUGGCCAAGUCGGGCGAGGCUCUAGUCACCUCCCGCUAUUUCCUGGAGAUGCAAGACAAGCUGGAGCGACUACUGCAGGAUGCUCAUGAGAGGUCAGAUAGCGCCGAAGUGGGCUUCAUCGUGCAGUUGGUCCGCAAGCUGCUCAUCAUCAUCUCCAGGCCAGCGCGGCUGCUCGAGUGCUUGGAGUUCGACCCCGAAGAAUUCUACCAUCUGCUGGAGGCUGCAGAGGGCCAGGCCCGCGAGGACCAGGGCGUGAAGACUGAUCUGCCCCGCUACAUCAUCCGCCAGCUGGGCCUUGCCAAGGACCCUCUAGAAGAGAUUCAGCCCCUGAAUGACCUUGAUGAAGGCCAGCCACCAGCUCCUGGAUCCCCUGAGAGCCGAGGCCUGGGCGGUCCGUCUCGGAGGCAGCCAUGUGAGAGCGACUUUGAGACCAUCAAGCUUAUUAGCAAUGGAGCCUAUGGGGCUGUCUACCUGGUGCGCCACAGGGACACACGACAGCGCUUCGCCAUCAAGAAGAUCAACAAGCAGAAUUUGAUUCUGCGCAACCAGAUCCAACAGGUGUUUGUGGAGCGAGACAUCCUCACCUUCGCCGAGAACCCCUUUGUGGUCGGCAUGUUCUGCUCUUUUGAAACCCGUCGCCACCUCUGCAUGGUGAUGGAGUAUGUGGAAGGGGGUGACUGCGCCACGCUGCUGAAAAACAUGGGCCCACUGCCUGUGGACAUGGCCCGCAUGUACUUCGCGGAGACGGUACUGGCUCUGGAGUAUCUGCACAACUAUGGCAUCGUGCACCGAGACCUCAAACCUGACAACCUGCUCAUCACCUCCCUCGGCCACAUCAAGCUGACGGACUUCGGCCUGUCCAAGAUCGGCCUCAUGAGCAUGGCCACCAACCUGUAUGAAGGUCACAUCGAGAAGGAUGCUCGAGAGUUUGUGGACAAGCAGGUGUGCGGGACGCCUGAAUACAUCGCGCCAGAGGUGAUCUUCCGCCAGGGCUAUGGGAAGCCAGUAGACUGGUGGGCCAUGGGCGUCAUCCUGUAUGAGUUCCUGGUGGGCUGCGUGCCUUUCUUUGGGGACACACCUGAGGAGCUGUUCGGACAGGUUGUCAGUGAUGAGAUCAUGUGGCCAGAGGGAGAUGAGGCCCUUCCCCCCGACGCCCAGGAUCUCAUUACUAGGCUUCUGCGUCAGAGCCCAAUGGACAGGCUGGGGACUGGAGGCACCCACGAGGUGAAACAGCACCCCUUCUUCCUGGCCCUGGACUGGGCAGGGCUCCUGAGACACAAGGCAGAGUUUGUCCCACAGCUUGAAGCUGAGGACGACACCAGCUACUUUGACACUCGCUCUGAGCGGUACCGCCACUUGGGCUCCGAGGGUGACGAGACGAAUGACGAGGAAUCCUCCACAGAGAUCCCCCAGUUCUCUUCCUGUUCCCACCGCUUCAGCAAGGUCUACAGCAGUUCCGAGUUCCUGGCUGUCCAGCCCAACCCCACCUUUGCUGAAAGAAGCUUCAGUGAGGACCGAGAGGAAGGUUGGGAGCAAAGCGGUGAAGGGGACGGUGGCCGCCGGCUGAGCACUGACCUCCGGCUGAGGUCCUGGACACCUGCUUCCUCCUGUCAGCCGUCUUCCUGUCAGAGCGACCGGGGUCCCAGCCCGUCUCUCCUAAGCACCAUCAGCUUGGACAUGCCUAAAUUUGCCUUCUCCUCUGAAGAUGAGGGAGCAGGCUCAGGGCCUGCUGACACCAGAAAGCCCGUCUUCAUCUUGGGGGAGCCUGACCCCCCACCCCCGACCACCCCAGUGACACCUAAGCCCUGCAACCUUUCUGCCGACACAGCUGUUCUCAGCCAUGCCCGCCUUCGAAGUAACAGUACAGGCGCCCGGCACUCAACUCCUCGGCCCCUGGAUGCCGGCAGAGGCCGCCGCCUAGGAAGCUCAAGAGACCCCGGCCCAGAGAAGCCCAGGGCCUCCCCUGGUGGCAGCGGGGGUCGAGUGCCCAAGUCAGCCUCUGUGUCUGCCCUGUCCCUCAUCAUCACGGCAGACGACGGCAGUGGGGGCCCCCUCAUGAGUCCCUUGUCGCCCCGCUCGCUGUCCUCCAACCCCUCCUCCCGAGACUCCUCACCUAGCCGGGACCCAUCACCAGUGUGUGGUAGCCUGCGGCCCCCCAUCGUCAUCCACAGCUCGGGCAAGAAGUACGGCUUCAGCCUUCGCGCCAUUCGUGUCUACAUGGGAGACAGCGACGUGUACACGGUGCACCAUGUGGUCUGGAGCGUGGAGGAGGGGAGCCCUGCGCAGGAGGCGGGACUGCGUGCUGGGGACCUCAUCACACACAUCAACGGGGAAUCUGUCCUGGGCCUGGUGCACAUGGAUGUGGUGGAGCUGCUGCUGAAGAGUGGCAACAAGAUCUCCCUGCGCACCACGGCCCUGGAGAACACCUCCAUCAAGGUGGGGCCUGCCCGGAAGAACGUGGCCAAGGGCCGCAUGGCCCGAAGAAGCAAGCGCAGCCGCCGGCGCGAGACCCAGGACCGGCGGAAGUCCUUGUUUAAGAGGAUCUCGAAGCCAUCUUCUGUGCUCCACACCAGCCGUAGUUUCUCCUCGGGCCUCCAGCACUCUCUGUCCUCCAGCGAGAGCCUCCCUGGAUCACCCACUCACAGCCUGUCCCCUAGCCCCACCACGCCCUGCCGCAGCCCUGCCCCCGACGUCCCCACAGACACAGCAUCCCCACCCAGUGUAUCCCCAAGUUCCAGCAGUCCCGCUUCUCCAGCAACUGGCCACACCCGUCCCAGCUCACUUCAUGGCCUGGCAGCCAAGCUCGGGCCACCUCGACACAAGAGCGGCCGCCGCAAGUCCACAAGCAGUAUCCCUCCGUCACCACUGGCUUGCCCGCCAGUGCCCACACCCCCACCACGCUCGCCGUCUCCCCUUCCUGGGCACAUUCCCAUACCAGCACGGUCCCCUAGGCUGCGUAGGGGCCAGUCUGCCGAUAAGCUGGGCCUAGGCACCAGUGAGAGGCUGGAUGGGGACGGAGGCCGGCGUGGCAGAGGGGCCGAGACUGAGCUGGUCGUCAUGAGGAGGCUGCAUCUGUCAGAGCGCCGGGACUCCUUCAAGAAGCAGGAGGCCGUGCAGGAAGUGAGCUUCGAUGAGGAGCCUGGGCCGACUGGUGCGGUGCCGAAGAUCGCUGUGCAGGGUGCAGAGGCCACGCCUGGAAGCCCAGGACCAGCCAGGGAAGACUGAGCCCCGUCUCUGGCCACUUCCUCACGGAGCUCUCAUCUUUACCAAGUCACACCUAGAUGGGGUGCAGCCAUCGGCUUGGGACUUGGCUGGAGGGUGCCCCCUCCCAGGAAGGGCUGGGGUGGGGUGCCAGUGACUUGUAAAUAGCAAGCCCUCGCGACUAAUUUAUUACUUUUUAUAAGCAAUAGCCAGGCUGAUCCCCCUGGUGGACUUAGCUGUCUGUCUUGUCCUCGGCCCCGGAAUGCAGCCUACAGACCCUAUUCUCUGGGCCAAGGCGAAGCACUUUGGGCAACUUCUGUGUUUCCUAGUUUGUCCCAUGUCCUUUCCAAGUGUAUGUGUGCUGUGUGUGUGUUUGUCCAUCCCAUUCCCAACCCAAGACCCACCUCAAGGCACACAAAAGCUGGUCCCUGCUAAGUUUGGACAGGAUUUGGAAGCUGUGCCCUGAAGCAGGAGGAUCACCAGUUCAGUGGUGGGCUGCACCCUGAAGACUACCUUCUGUGUCUGAAUAGCUCUCUUCAGACUGUCUUUACUCCACUCUGCCUGUGAUCCUGCAUGUUUCAGUUUAGGGGAAGUGUGGGAACACGGGGCUUGGGGGAUAAGGAAUGCUCUGGUUUAAGGCAGAAUAGCCCAUACACCUUGCAGGAAGUAACUGACAAACCUAAGGGCCAUCAAGGUAGGGAAGGUAUCCACUGCAGGGAUAGGACAAAGACUUGUCUAGCCAAGUGAGGACCAUGCCUGACCACCAACCCCCACACUACAAAAUCAAUGCACACGUGCAGAGUCCCAUGUGUGUGAGGCCCAGCAUGGUGAGCCUGGGACCAUAAUGUGAUCUCCCUUGAGUGCUAGAGGACCGAGUGGACCCCAGCUAUGCUGUGUAAUUCUGGAGGCGUGUCUUUCCCAUUCUGUGCCUGUGUUGCUGUGUUUACAGGACUAACCCCAGUGACUUGCACACUUCAUGUGCACUGAGCACGCCUGAAGUCCCCCAGCUUUGUGUGAUCCAAGCAGCUGAGGUCCCCCAAGGCCAGAGGCUUGUCCCACAAUGCCCCAGUAAGAUUCCUGGCUCAGGACAGGAUCUCCCGGCCCUACUGUGAGCAUGGCCAUGGGGGAGCCCAGGCUGUCCCCAUAAUGCUGUGUGAUCCAGCAGCCAUCUAGAAGGUUGUCAGUGAUGGCGGCUCUCCACACUUCAUGAGGGGAAUUUGCAGGCACUCAAACCCUCUCUGCACCCUCCCUGACGCCCAGCCAGUAUCGUCUGCUGGAAGAGACCAAGGCUGUGCAUGAGUAGCCCUCCACUCAUCUUGGAGCUGGCAUCAAAUAAAGUCCCAUGACGACAUCUGAUCCUGGUUGUGCAUUUAUGAGUGGCUAGGGGUAGGGAACAACUGUUGGCUCAGUAUCAUCUGAGGUGAGUUUUGUAGGUUGUAUAGGGGUUUGCUUAAACACUUCAUCUAGGCCAGGCUGCACCCCAGCUACCUAGCAGGCUGGGAUCCUGACUAGACAGCAAUGGGGCAAAAAGUGUUUCCAGGCAUGGCAGUGUACACCUGUAAUACUAACACUGGGGUGGGGGGUGGGGAACUGACGCAGAAGGAUCAUGAGUUCAAAUCCAGCCUGGGCUCAUAACAAGACCCUGUCUCAAAAAAUAAAGCCAAGGGAUGAAUCGAUUAAAAGCACUGGCUGCUCUUCUAGAAGACUCAGGUUCUAGUGCCAGUACCCACAUGGCAGCUAACAGUCAUCUGUAAUUCAAAUUCCAGUGCAUCCGGUGUCUCCUCUAACUUCUACAGACACUAGGUACACACAAGACACACGGAAGAAAAACAAACAAAAAUAAACCUUAAAAAGCCCCCAAACCCAUAAGGCUGGGAGUUGUAGCACUUGCUUUUAAUUCCAGCACAGAGCCUUUGCCUCAAAAAAAAAUUAAUCCUUCAAUUAGCCCAUCUUUUUAUGUUUUCCCUUAAAGAAUAUUUAAUGUGUAUGUUUACCACUUGCCUGCAAGUCCCAGAGACACCAGAAGAGGGCGUCGGGUUAAAAGCGGCUGUAAUUUACUGAACCUGUACAAAAGCGGCGAGCACUCUUACCUGCCGAACUCUAGCUGCAACCCCUCUGUCCCAAUUUUCUACCCCGGUCUUUGCGCUGAGCUAAAAUAAAUCCCUCCGAAAUCAGCCGAACAGGCUCGGUUACUUCCGGUUCUCAAACUCUCUCUCUGGUUCUUUCUGUCUCUGCCGCCCCACGGCUCCAAUUGCCAGCGUCGGUCGAUAUUUCCGGAAACAAUCUCGCUUCCGGACUCAGAUGAGCAGCAUUCUCGCGCGUGUUGGGCCGGAGACACUUCGGCUGUUUCCGGACGCCUAGGGUUGCCAUGGCAGCGCCUUCGCCUUCCAUUCCUUGCACGAGCAGCUCUCUACUGAGAGUGCAGUUGCCAAACUGGACGUGCUUCGGCUAUUUCCGGAAGCCGUCGGCGGCCUCCGAGUCAACUGCCAAGAGCUAUAUUUGAGGUCGUUAGGUUCCUUCCAGACACGCUCCGCGGUCUUGCAGGUUCACGACUUCGUUAAGAAAACAAAACACACACAAAAAAAACCAACCCUGCUGUAGCACGUUCAGCUAUUUCCGGAAUGGCUCAGGUAUCUCAGAGUCCCGAGUCCUACCGAGUCCAGCCUCGGACCGAAUGCGUUUCCGACCUUUCCCUUUCCAGUGUUUUCGUAAACCAUCAACCGCCUCUUAGCCUGGCCAGCAGCCCCACGAGCGCUCUCUCGAAUCGGUUAUGCUC